AUGGAGGAAGAAAGUCUACGAUCAAUGUCCAAAAGACUUGGCAUAACAUCCGGAGAGGUGUUGAAGAAAGCUGCUGAACUUCAGCGCUUAAUGGAUGUUCGUGGCUGCGCUAUGGCUUUAACUAGUGUGGCUAAACCGGUUAUUUGUCUGGAGAUCGCUGCUUUUGGUUUAAAUAUUCCUGUGGACAAGGUAAGCUUACGUACGUGUAAUAUAGACAGAAAUUCGCAUGAGUUUAAAUCUCUGAUAAUAAGCUUGCAUUUUUGCAGGUUUGGGCUGUAUUCGAAGUGUUUAUUGACGAAAUUUCCUUUUAAUUAACCCCCAUUCGCUACGCUUUCAUACUGUUCUUCAAUUUUCAUGCAUACAAAAACCAGACGUAGUUAAUCGAUAGGAUAGUGUAGAAUAGGGGAAGAAAUUGACAAUUGUGGCCUCACUUAUACAGGUCUGUCAACCCCGCCAAGUCUUUGAAUGUCGAGAAUUGACAGGGAAGGGAUGGUGGAUGACGUCACAACGUAGGACAUUCGCGCAAAAAAUACUCGUUGACUCCAAUCAUCACGAAUGCGAUGUCACAAAACGCGCGAUAAAGAUGUUGUUGGCAUUGUCAUGCUUACUUCCCACUAAUCACAUUAUUGCUUAUAUUACAAUGGCAUACAGGAGUUUAUUAGAAAACGUUUGAUGUUAGCAGUUAAAUAGCUCAAACAACGCAAAAGAAUUGAAAUUUUAUUGUCGCAAAGUCGAGUCUACAAGAAACGGUAAACUUCGGCGAUUAACCUUGAGAUUUCAGACUCUACUCUGGAGACUGGGAGAUUAUACGGUCCAAAAUCUAGAGUCUUCCGGAUUAUCCGGAAGAGUUGACAGCACUGCUUAUAGUGUUCAUGAAUUAAACCCCUAUUUCAGCCAUGACAAUAUCCCUUAGAGUUAUCCACAUAGAAAUUCUACUACAUAAAAUAUAAAACAAAUGCUAUUAUAUUACACUGUGUUGGAGUGUGGUCUCUUUUAGGGGCUAAAUAUGAUCUCUUUCUUAUUGGACCCAACCCCCAGGUAGGGGGUGGGGGUGGAGAAUGGGUGAUACUGCUAGGUACUUCAGAGGUAAAGUAGGUAUCCUGUGGCUCCCUUAAACCCUUUUUUUCUGUCUUUAGAAUGUGGCAAUUCGUCUUUCUGGAAUGACGAAGAAAGCGUACAUUCAUGCUUUCAAGACAAUAGAGUGUGUGCUGGGAAAACAAAAGGAGUUAACCAUUAAAGAUCUGGCAGUGCAAUUUGGUUGCAUGGAAGCUUCAAACCUGGCCCAUCAAAUUUAUCAAAGGUAGAAAUUAUGUAAUGAAUUUUUUAACCUACUUAACUUGACAAAAGAUGCCUGUGUAUUUUAAGGUUUCUUCUCUCUGAGUAAAUCCUGUCUUAUCUUAAUUCAUAUAGCCUGCAUUGCGGAUGCAAUCUAACCCUGCUGUUAGUAACAUUAACACAGCAGCACAGAGAUCCUUUUUGUGGGCCCCCUACAGACCCAACAAAUUACCCGAAAUGAGUUUCAAAUUUCCCAUUAACCUGAUGGGCAAAUAUAACAAUGGCUUUUUAGACGAGGCAAUCAUGGCGUGUGCUCAAAUCCUGGUAGACAGGUGGGGCCCAGAACAAUGAUUUCGGCACUGUUUUGCAGACGGAUGUAACCAGAGGUUAAGUUGCAGCUGUGGCCCAGACUAAUUUCAUAGAGACCACAACUUUAAAUGUUUCUGUUGUGUAUUUAAAUAAAUUAUUGAUACAGUCCUCAUAUAAGCCUGGCUGAGCAGGCAUCUGACUCAGCCUUUUGGCAUAGGAAUAUUGCAAAACCUGGUUUUCAGCAAAAGCAGUGGUUAUAACAAUACCCAUUACAGUGUAUGCCCAAAGUUGACCAAUUUCUGGCUUACACAUUAUUGUAAUGUAACAGUCAAGGUGUCUGCCGAGUGAUGGCUGUACCAAUCAAUAUACUGACCACGUGGCAACUCUAAGUAGCAACAGCAGAUAUCCUGUUUCAACAGAUGUACAAUAUCAGGUUACAGGCUCCCACACUUGCUUGAUAGUGAUACAUUUCACACGGUGCUGCACACACAGGCGGAUGUAUGGUAACGUGACAACCAAAAUUUCUUGGAUGGUAAAAUAACCAAAUUUUCUUAGCUGUGGGGCUCUGUUCAUGCCUGCUUUGCUCACACAUUGAGCUUUGCUUUCAACGUUUUCUUAACCAGGUAUAAAGAGGCCUUUGUCAAGGAUGUAGAAGAUAUCAGCCACCCAAUAUUUGUAGCAACUGCACUAUUCACAGCUUGCAAGUAAGUGAUUGUUUCUUUUGUUUUGUUGGUAAAAACACAGCAUUCUCAGAAUGACAUUAAAACCUUUACUCUUACGGUUAAGUAUAAUAUAAAGAUAUCAUAAAUGCAUAUUUGAGAAUUUUUUUGUGAAAGAAAUCCUAUGCUGUGACCAUUGAAAUGAAGCCUUUUCAGCAGUAACUUUGCAUUGUAAGUGACCUAUGUUUGUUAGGAAAAUUACUUGGAAUUUUUACCAGUUCUGACCUAUGAAAUCAAGGAUCUCUAUUAUUUAAGUCUUGUGCAAGUAGUAUCAAAUUUUUUUGACCGGGGUCAAAAGUAAGUCACUCUGACAGUGCUGAUUAAUUGGGAUGAAAAGAUGUAAACUAGGCUUCAUUACAACAUGUUACAACAUCAUUGAUCGUGGUAGAUACAGUUUAAGUUGAUCAAGGCAAUGUGCUAAUAAGAAAAUAAAAAUUGUGGUGGAAGUUUCUGACAGAAGCUUACAAUAUUUCUAUUAACAAACAUUUUUUAAAGGCAUCAAAAGAUUAAAGUUGACAAGACCAAAUUAUUGAAUCUGUUGGCUACCAAGAGGUCAACAUUUGACAGCCUGCAUAAGAAAAUGGAGAAAGUAAUUCCCACACUAGAAUCUGGUAAGCAGUCAGAAAUUUAUUAUUGGAAUAAUAAUAGAGUACAAAUAUGCAGGACCUAGUUUGUGAAGGUUUGUCAAAAUUGGCCAGCUAGAUCAGUUGUUUUGCUAAAUGGUAUGUACAGUAGUAUUUUGUGAUGUAGCAAAAUUUUUCAAAAGACUCGUGGUUCUUGCUAGAAAGACCGGUGUGACCAGCCAGUUCUGACUUUUGGUAAGCUCCCUUAUAACAAGGCCUUCCAAGGGGUAGAAGCAAUAGGCGACGUGGCCCAGAAAACUGGUGACAAUCCUCUCAGAAAGCACUGAUGAUUGGCAGAAAGGGAGAAAAGAACUGUAACACCAACAAUUCAGGCAACAGGCAAUCUCGGAAAUGACCAACAAAGCGAGGGCAUACUCCCCCCUCCCCUCCCCUGGAAGGCCUCUAACGUGUCCAACGUGGACUUGUGAUGAGGAAUGUAAAUUAUAGGAGCAUGGUAGGGUAAGUAUUUGUGGGCAGGGAUUUUUGUUGUCUAGUCUGGUUGGUAUGGCAUCGGAAAGUACAGAUUAAUGUAGUGUGGUUAAGAGUUAGGGUUUGUGUGUCCGUGACUCUCUCUAUACAGCAAAGACGUAACUACCAUACCAGUACUACUUGAUAGGCAACACCACUGCCAUUGGUGCUUAAAACUGUUCCAUUUGUGUCCAAGCUACCCCCACCUCCCACCCCCCUCCCCUGCUCAUUUGAGAACCUGAGUCAAGAGAGCCUACUUACAGGCAAUUAUUAUUGGACGAAGUUGAGCAAAAUAUCGUGAUUUGUUAGUGGCGAGCAGAUCAAUUCAACUGAGGCAAAUAACUGAUCUGCAAGACACUGACGAAUCACAAUAUUUUGCGAUAACUGAAUUCAAAUUGUUUUAUCAUUCGAUCACUGAGUUUGUUCUUAAUUAUUUGCAAAGCAAUCUGCUAGUUUCAUACAAGAGUGAUCGCAAGAAGGAGAAAAGCGUGGUUUCAUUUACGCAUGAACAGACUAUUAUUUGCAGCCAAACAGAGUUGGCCGAUAUUGCACAUGAGCAAACCAUUAUUUGUAGGCAGUUAUUUACAGGUCACUUGGUGGACUCUCGGCCAAUGAAAAGGAAGAAAAAUCUGUAUUAAAUACUACUAAGCCUGAAUUUCAGACGAUUACUUCGAGUCAUUUUCUCCUCUCAGCAAUGACAUUACUGAAGGAGUAAUAACGACUCGAAGUAAUCAUCUGAAAUUCAGGCUAUGAUCAUACUAGAUUUGACACCAUUCCUUCUUUUUGCAGCUGUAAACAAUAAAAGGACCUCCAAAAGAAGUUAUGGAUUUCUGGACAAAGUGAAUGAAAUUGUUGAAGGUGUGUUCCAAUUUCCUUUUCAUACAAUGAGAAUUUCACUAGCUUGAGACUAAUUGUUCAACUGAAAACCACUACAAAUGUUUAUACUCUUUAUGUUUAACAGACCAGUCUCAUUCAUCAAAACUUUCGAAGACAGACGAAGAGGCAACAGACCGAGAAGACAGAGACAAAGAGUAUGAGGAGUGGAAGCAAAAAAUUAUUGAAUCUGCAACUAAAGCCUUGUCUGCAGGAAAGAAAACUGUAGAAAAACAAAAGUCAUGA